AUAAGGUGCUAACUUCCGGAUACGAAGCAAAAAUAGCUUCGCGACUUCAUCGUUACUUGACUUUAUACGAGCCUCAUGGUGAUCGGCAUUCCGAUCCAUGCAAGGGACCUCUAAACAAGCCAAAUGAAGCCUAUUCGAGUUAGUAUCAGUGCGGCAUGAAGGGUGAACUAAAUGGAUAUCACCUUGAUCAAACACUUUCAGCUUCAUGAUCAAUCGAUGGCGACGACAACUAUAAAGUCGACCUAGAUUCCCCUCGAUAUACACCUUCUUUUUCAUCAUCAACAGCCUUACAACAACUUCCACUUCGCUUCCUGCUAAAUCCAAGGACAAACAAGCCUUCUUCCAAGCUUUUUAUAGUCUCUUGAACUGUUCAAAGCAACCUUUCAAAACAACCUUUCAAAACAACCUUUCAAAACAACCUUUCAAAACAACCUUUCAAAACAACCUUUCAAAACAACCUUUUCCAAUUCCAUCAACAACAUUCACAAUGCACUUUUCGCUCUUCGCCCUCUCUGCAGCCAUUGCCCUGCCCCUGGCCAGCGCCUAUCCCGUCAACGCUGACGAUCUUCACUGCCGCUCCGGUCCUGGCACCAGCUACGGCAUCGUCAAGUCCUACAAGCGCGGAACCGACCUCAGCAUCACCUGCCAGGCCGCCGGCACCGACGUCAACGGCGACAAGCUCUGGGAUAAGACCUCCGACGGCUGCUACGUGAGCGACUACUACGUCAAGACCGGUUCCAGCAGCUACGUUACCAAGCACUGCGACGGCAGCUCUGGCGGUGGCAGCAGCGGUGGUAACCUGCCCGGCCUAAGUGCUACUCAGUCCAAGCACGCCAGGGAUAUCAUCGCCGAGGCCAAGCGCGAGGAUCUGGGUCUGCACGGUUGCUCUGCCGGUAUCGCGACUGCCCUUGUUGAGUCAAACAUCCUGAUCUACGCCAACAAGGAUGUCCCCAAAUCCCUCAACUACCCCCACGACGCUGUGGGCUCGGACCACGACAGCGUUGGUAUCUUCCAGCAGCGCGCCAUGUACUACCCCGACAUUGCGGCUGAUAUGGACGCUGCCAAGUCUGCUGCUCAGUUCUUCAAAAAGAUGAAGAACAUUAGCGGCUGGAAGUCUAUGGCUGUUGGAACCCUUUGCCAGAAGGUGCAGGGCUCUGCUUAUCCUACUCGCUAUGCUGAGCGUGUUUCUGAGGCUGAGAAGAUUUGCAAUGCUGGUGGCAUUUAGAUCAGUAGAUUUUCGACAUUCUUUGUAUAUGGCAGUGCUCUGAGCAUAAAAUGAUUGCGCUUUCGAUGGUCAUUUGAGCUUCUGGGUUUACUUUUUUGUUCUGUGAUAUAUUGACUUUCUUUCUUGACAUUUUUCUUUCUUCCUGUUCUUUUUGAAUAGAUUCUACAAUAUACUGUUUCAUUCUUAUGUUGAUAUGCGAACGCUCGUCUGUGUGUAGUCUCUUACCGUAAACAGUCAUACAACCAUUCAUUGCGGUAUUCAACAAACUUGAAUACCCUGUAGCAGGGGGCAAGAACAUGAGUAUUAAUGAGUAGACAUGGCGCUCAAAGGCAAGGGAACUACAAACCGCUCCGUAAUCUCGAAAGAAU